GGAAAUAGAUAUCAGCCAAGCGGAAGUAGUGCAAAAAAAAUCGUCUCGAUUUUUUUUUUGAUCUGGUUAGAGACAAUUUGAGGGAGUCUUUUUCUGUUAAACUCUCUCAUCGUUGUUGCGGCGGCGGAGAAACAUGGAUAGAUAGUGUUUGUUUAUGUUGAUUUACGGACGUGGUCCUUUUAACAGGCAAUCCAUCUCAUCUUCUUCCAUCUUGGACUGUCCGUCAGGACUGAGACAUACCGACAUAGACCCACAACACCUUUGCCUUUUGUGAAACUCCAGUCCCUCCACUUUUCCUGUUGCCACCAAAAUGGCUAACAGCACCACGACAGCAGUUAAGGUUCUCCAGCCUGGUACUGCUGGCAGAAGUAGUCCAGAGGGCUCUCAGGUGCUCAGUAAAAAGAAGCUGCAGGAUCUGGUGAGAGAGAUUGAUCCAAAUGAGCAGCUGGAUGAGGAUGUUGAGGAGAUGCUGCUACAAAUUGCUGAUGACUUUAUAGAGAGUGUGGUGACAGCGGCCUGUCAACUGGCACGCCACCGAAAGUCCAACACCUUGGAGGUGAAGGAUGUUCAGUUACAUCUUGAGCGCCAGUGGAACAUGUGGAUUCCUGGUUAUGGCUCAGAUGAGAUCCGGCCGUUCAAGAAAGCCUGCACCACAGAAGCUCACAAACAGAGAAUGGCGCUGAUCCGCAAGACAACCAAAAAAUAGAAAGACUGUAUGCCAAUCUGUUGUACCCACUCUGUGUAUUGUCUUCUCUUUUUGUUUUUUUUCUUUGUUUUUCCUUUUCAGCUUGGAUUUUUUUGUUUUAUUUUAUUAUUUUUUUUUUUUUUGGACAAAUGAAGAUGGAAAGUUUGUUUGGGUGGGUUUUUUUUUUUUUUGACAGUAGAAAGUAUUUCAUUGUGAUGACUUCCUAACUUUUGAGUGUUUUGCCAGCACCAUCACAAAAUAACAUAAGUAUCGGUUUCUGAUUCAGUUUUGUUGCCAUUAAGCUAAGUCUGGCAGAACUAUUCAUUGUAUUUUUGUCAAUAAACAUUUACUGGAAUAUUUCUUUUGGAUUAUGACCACUGCUGUAUCGAGUUUACCUUUUGAUACUCAAGCAUUUGGAUGCGAAUGUUAGAUUAAUUUUCCUCUUUAAUAGUACCGUAAUAUUUUUUGUUAUCUUGCCAUUUAUAGAUAAUUGUUGCCAUUGAGUAUGUAAGAGCCCCCUGUUUACCCACUCAUACAAUUAGCUUUGUUUUAAUAAACAGAGGGUCCAUACUAUCACGUUCAUGCAGUAAAUAGUGGCCACAAGUACAGUAAAGUGUUUGUCUUUGUUGUUAGA